AUGGAGGAUAGCGACAUUGAGCUGGAGUCGGCGCUCGUACCAGGCCUGGCAACCCCUCCGCUAUCUCCGAGCAAGUCCAUCAGCACGAACGGUUGGGCAUCGCCAGAGACUCCAGCAUCUCCCCGAAAAGCGCGGAGCUGCCUCUUCCCUCGGAAUGCUGGCGCCUAUUGGACUUUAAGCCUGCCAUCUCCUGCCGUCAAAGACAAGUCCUUCGGUCAUCUUGCUUCCCUUGAGCCACUGCAUUGUCGGUUUGAACCUGGGCAGGACUACAUCAAUCGUUUCAAUCUGCGAUCCGCAAAUGAACCACUUGACGGGACAAGGUUGAAAUAUUCGCCCCCAUCGACUCAUGUUGCCAACAACGAACCCACUGUAUCAGAUGAAACUCCCAAUGAACCUGAAGCCACUGAGAACAGCUGUUCAGACCUGGCCGCUGCUUCCGAAACUUCUAUUGAUGGCCAGGAUGAUCACAUUGAUCACGCACGAUCCGCCUCUAACGCUAAUACUACGAAUAUUGAGAAAUCACCAAACAAGCUGAAGCCGCUAACCAUUCGCCUUUCGGGUUCCCCUCUCAGACCCGGUCAGUGGGUCGCAAGAGGUGGUCGUCUUUCGCGUCCGGCAGGUCUCAAUCUAAGUCCGGAUCGCUUUAUCUCUACGCGUCGAACCCCCAUCUCCUCCAGCGAAUGUCUCCAGCUGAGUAAACCAUUAUCCCGACUCACCCUAGAAGAGGGUAGCCUUCGCCGCAGCCGACCUAGUACAGACCCUUUCAGCCGGAGUUCCCGUCGAAGCGGAAGGCUCAACGACGAACUCAGGAACGCUCGUGAGACACAUUCUGUCAUCAGUGGUCGCGUGAAUCCUAGCCGACGGCGUGGUCCUGGUGGUCUUCGUCGAAGUUCUUAUACAGCAGGAGUGCGCCAGGUAAGUGCUGGUGGGGUUUGGACAGUCGGUGGCCCUUCUGCGGCGAGUGACUCUAUGGUUGGCGUCCCAAAUGGUAGGGGCGGCGUACUUGGGAGUGGAACGACUGCGCCGCUGCAUUCGUCGAUGUUUUUAAGUCGGUCUGACCCGGAAGCGGAGCUUGAAGCACACGAGGGACGCAUUGCACUCGCAAUGGAUGUCGAUCCGACAAACAGGGUCUUGGAACACACGCUCCCCACUUCUCGCUCAUACGCUGCAACGUCAGCCGGCUCCCCGUUUUCCAGUCUUGGAAGCUCACCUCGGCCCAUCUGGAGGGACAGUGCUUGGGUCAGGGAAGAACAUGCUACAGUCCUCGAUGCGCCGCAACUUCGAGACGACUACUACUGCUCCGUACUGGCCUACUCGCAUACUUCUAAAUACCUUGCGGUUGGUUUGGGUAAUUCCGUACAUCUCUGGUCAGAGCGAAAAGGGGUGGAUACUCCCGACUGUCUGAACGAGUUGAUAGUCAACAGCACCCCGCGAGCACAUCAUGUCACGUCAUUGUCCUUCUCCUCAGUUCCGGGUGGACAAGCCAUCCUUGCCGUAGGGAGAGCUGAUGGCCGCCUCGCUCUGUGGACUGCCUCGGAUGCAGAACCACGGUUCAACGCUGAACAGCCCAGACCGAUAUCAUGUGUAUCCUUCAGGCCCACAGUCGUCAAGCGUCCUUCCGUACGCGACAAUGCUUUAACGGUCCCAACUGAGGAACUGCUCGUGGGUGACGAUGCGGGCCAUGUCGGUGGCAAUGACAAUGUUUGCUUUCUCUUCGAGACCAAGAAGAUCACGCAACGACGGCCCGGCUCGCACGAGAAACCCGCUGUCUUGGAUGCCCGUGACGGCUUACAUGGAGAGAAGAUCUGGACGGUGACACCAGGACGUAAUAACGUCCUAGCUAUUCCGCCGGGACGCCAGAAGCACAGGUGGGAACUAAAUGCCGCCGUCAAGGCAAUCGCCUUCUGUCCUUGGCAGCGUGGUCUGCUUGCUAUCGGGGGCGGCUCGAAUGAUCGCUGCAUCCACUUUUACCACACUAUUUCUGGGGCAUGCCUAGCGACCAUCGACUGCGCUGCCCAAGUUACCAGCCUCAUUUGGAGCACCACUCGCAGGGAAAUUGCAGCUACGUUUGGCUUCGCACAGCCGGAGCAUCCUUAUCGCAUCGCGGUUUUUGCUUGGCCUUCCUGCGAGCAAAUUGGAGCUGUUCCGUGGUACGACGAGAACCGAGCGCUCUAUGCAAUCCCGUAUCCCGGUAGCCCCAAUACAAGCAGAGAAAGGGGAGAGGAUGACGUGUGGUCACGUCGAGCUGCGGAAGAAGGGUGCAUAGUUGUGGCGGCUAGCGAUGCAGCGAUCAGGUUCCAUGAGAUUUGGAGUGAGGAUCGAGGCAGUCUCGGUGCAGGGACGGGAUCGUUGGGCGGGAGUGAAAUCCUGGAGAGUUUGCAUGGGAUCGAGAGGGAGGGCGGGCAGGUGAUUCGGGGCGGGGUUCCCUCCGAAACUCCCUCAAGGUCACACGGCUGGAGUUAUCCGCUAGUGUCGUCUCAGCACUUUGAGGGUGCGCGGGAAUCACACAAUAUCACGCAUGCUACGGACAACCACGCAGCGAACCAAAUCUGUGUCACCGGAGGGUUCUAG